AAAAGAAUGAAAGAAGUGGAUAAUCUUGAAAGUAUAAAGGAAGAAUGGGUUUGUGAAACAGGAUCUGACCACCAACCUCUUAGUGAUAGUCAACAAACAAAUUGUGAAUAUUUUGUUGACAGCCUUUUUGAGGAAGCUCAGAAGGUUGGUGCCAAAUGUUUGUCUCCCACUGAACAAAAGAAACAGGUAGAUGUAAGCAUAAAAUUAUGGAAAAAUGGAUUCACUGUCAAUGAUGAUUUCAGAAGUUAUUCUGAUGGUGCAAGUCAACAGUUUCUGAACUCCAUCAAAAAAGGGGAAUUACCUUUAGAAUUACAGGGAGUUUUUGAUAAAGAGGAGGUGGAUGUUAAAGUUGAAGAUAAGAAAAAUGAAGUAUGUAUGUCAACAAAGCCUGUGUUUCAGCCCUUCUCAGGACAAGGUCACAGACUGGGAAGUGCUACACCAAAAAUUGUUUCUAAAGCUAAGAAUAUUGAAGUUGAGAAUAAAAAUAAGUUGUCUGCUGUCCCACUAAACAAUCUGGAACCCAUCACUAAUAUACAGAUCUGGUUAGCCAACGGGAAAAGGAUUGUCCAAAAAUUUAACAUUUCUCACAGGAUAAGCCACAUCAAAGACUUCAUCGAAAAAUACCAGGGAUCUCAGAGGAGUCCUCCCUUUUCCCUGGCAACUGCUCUUCCUUUCCUCAAAUUGCUAGAUGAAACACUCACACUGGAAGAAGCUGAUUUACAGAAUGCUGUAAUCAUUCAGAGACUCAAAAAAACCGCUGAACCUUUUAAAGAACUUUCAUAGCAUUGAUUUUUGAUAUACUAAGUGGAAAGUUUCCCCAAAAAUGAUGGUCAUAAGUGGACAUGCAAAUCAAAACAAGGGAAAGUCAGAUUUUCUGGGUUUUACACUGUUUCAAUUCCCUGCUGUAAGUACAAGUUAGGAAAGUAAACUAUUACUGGAAACUAUAUUCAGUGAACUUUUUCCAGAAGGCUACUCAGAAAGAAAAAUAUACUUAUUUUCAAAUAUCAUUUAUUCAACAUAAGAUAUAUUCAAUAACAUCAUUUAAAAUCUUACUAUGGUAUAAAGUAGGAAAUAUGUGCACAGCAUCUUUCAUUAAAAUAUCAUUCCCAAACAGCAAUGAUGUGUUUAAAUGUUAGCUGUCUCAGAUUUUUUAAAUGGCAAUACAUUAAAAAAUUGUACAUGGCAGGUUAAAAGCAUCAGUGUAAUUUUCUUAUAUCUGCGAUACAAUCAAAGGCUGAAAGGGUCUGCUUUUACCACAGCUAAACCUCAGAAGUGUUCCGAAUUUGAGUAC